AUGUCUUAUAGGGAUAGUGAAAGAGCAAUGAAAGCUUCAACAACCUUAUAUAUUGGGAAUUUAUCGUUUUAUACUCGGGAGGAACAAAUAUGGGAAUUGUUCAGCAGAGCAGGUGAACUAGAAAGAGUUAUUAUGGGGCUUCAUCGAUAUGAUAAGACUCCAUGCGGCUUUUGCUUUGUUGAGUAUGCUAACCGAGAUGGCGCUGAAAUGGCAAUGCGGUACGUAAACAAGACUCGACUCGAUGACAGGAUAAUCCGAACAGACUGGGAUGCUGGCUUUAUUGAAGGCCGUCAAUAUGGUAGGGGGAGAUCAGGAGGACAGGUCCGCGAUGAGUUCCGCAAGGACUACGAUGCUGACAGGGGCGGUUUUGGAAAAUUAUACCAGAAGGAUGAUCUAUGA